AUGCUGUUUAUCAGUGCCUUAGCGAUCGGUAUGAUUACUGGUUUACAGAAUGUUACAACGGAAGUGCCGACGACGGACAGUGACGUCGUUUCUACUACCGAAGAUAUGGGCCUGCUGGAGCCAACAAAGUUGUCGCCUCCAGUGAGCGAUUUAGUCAACGUGACGAUACAUGAUCGACCAGCAAUGUGGGAUGUGUAUUUACACCAUUGUCCGAAGUGGCGGCCGAUCAAUCAUAUAUUCUUCCAAGUGGCCAAUAUCUGUUUCCUCUUGUCAUUCCUGGCACCCCAUACAGCCACUGGGUUGAUCUGGUUGCGGGUGGCUUUGAUUCUGGGAUGCGCGUUCUCUGGAAUGUGGGCCUGGAGUGUUGAGUGCUAUUUGGAUGCUGUGCUAUGGAACAGUGCAUUUAUAGUGAUUAACUUUGUGUAUUUUGCUGUGCAGUUCUAUUUGAUGCGGCCUAUCAAGUUUCACAAGGAUAUUGAAGAGGUAAGUGACAGCUUAAAAUGUUAG